AUGUUGGACCCCUUGCCCCCUCCUCCAGCAUGGCUGCGAGAUGCUGUCGACCCCUGGGCGAUCUAUUUCAAUGUCCCUGCCAUCUCUGAUCACAUCCAUGAAGUCCUCAUCGCUUUCAUCGUCUACCAGCUUAUCCAUUUCAUCCUCUCCCCUUGGUUGUCGCCGCUUAUCUUCCCCCGUCACUACCCCCAGCUCAACCGACGAACCAAGCUGAACUGGGACGUCCAUGUGGUGUCGUUGGUACAGAGCAUCUUCAUCAAUGUCGUGGCCCUAUGGGCCAUGUUUGCGGACGAGGAGCGGAAGUCAAUGAAUGUCGGUGAACGUGUCUAUGGAUACACCGGCGUCUGUGGGAUGCUGGGCGCCUUCGCGGCUGGAUACUUUGUCUAUGAUCUGAUCGUCAGUGCAAUCUAUAUCCGUAUGUUUGGAAUCGGCAUGCUCUUCCAUGCCAUCAGUGCUCUUUGGGUCUUUAGCUUUGGAUACAGGCCCUUCGUCAAUUUCUACUCGCCCGUGUUCAUCCUCUAUGAGCUCUCCAGCCCCUUCCUCAAUAUCCACUGGUUCCUAGACAAGCUCAACAUGACCGGAAGUAACCUACAGUGGUAUAACGGCAUGAUGCUUCUCUUCACAUUCUUCUGUUGCCGUCUCGUCUGGGGGACCUGGCAAUCCGUUCUCGUCUACCGAGAUAUGUGGUACGCCCUCAAGCAGACCUGGGCUUCUCACACCCUCCCGGGAGCUCCGAUCGACAUCUCCUCGCAAGUCUUUUCGGUCCUCGACAACACCUCUCACUGCCUCGACGACACCUGCAGCAGUACUACCGCCACCGCCGAACUCUCCCGCUUUGCCUCCUACACCGCGAACGGGGUCCCGACCUGGUUGGUCCUGACCUACGUCACUGCUAAUCUAGUCCUCAACUCCCUCAACUACUUCUGGUUCUCGAAGAUGGUGGAGACCGUGAUGAAGCGAUUUCGGGUCCCUCCGUCGUCAUCGGCCGCGCCGUCACGGACAACCAAAACGGAGGAGAAAGAUUCCCAGUUGAAGGAGGACAUCUAUAUCGCACAAACGGUCGUUCUCGAUGCGGCCGCCAAGCUGGAACAGGAAGAAGGGAGUCUGUUCCACGGCGAUGCGGUGGCUGGCACCAUUGCCUCGGCCGUGGAUACCGGUUUCGUCGAUGAACUACGUAGAAGGAAAGCCGAUGUGACGUCCGCUUCUACCGGCGGUUCUUCUCGGAUUUGA